GCACCGCGAAAUAGCGGCAACCCAAAGCAAAAGCAACAAACAAACCCAAGGCAGAGGAGAGCACAGGGAGGCCGCUCGCGCUUCUCUUUCCCACCCACCGCAACCACAAAGGUUUUCUUCUCUUCUCUUCUCUUGUCUCGCCAGCCAGGGAGGUUUCCCGUCCCGCCCCCGCCCCCGCCCCCGCCAUGGCCACGUCGUUCGACCGCUGGGAGAAGGACCCCUUCUUCCUCGCCGCCGAGGAGGUCCAGGAGUCCGCCGAUCGGAUGGAAUCGGUGUAUAAGAUAUGGGUGCAGGAGAGGAGCGGCGGCGGCUCGGCCCUCGGCGGGGAGGUCGGCGCCGCCGAGCUGCGCCGCGAGCUGCACACCGCGCUCGGCACCGCCAAGUGGCAGCUUGAUGAGUUGGAGCGAGCAAUUAGAUCAAACGAUGAGGUUCUCUCGGCAGGAAAGGAUACAAGGGCACUGCAUAGCAACUUUGUUGCGGCGAUUGGCUAUCGCAUAUUAGAGGUUGAGAACAACCUGAAGGCAUCCAAUGUCGCGGAGGGGAGGGGCACACUGAGCUGGAUUCAUUUGGAUGAGAGUGAGCGGGAUGACCUCGCGGCUUUCUUAUCUGCAGGCCCUCCUCAACAUCAAGAUAAAGUUGUCACAAUCCCAUCUGCUGGCGAUAUUCAGGUGGGCAGCAACCCGACAAGGGUGAGGAAAAAUAUUUCAGCUGACAGCUCCAAUGAUUCAUCUGGCUCUGCAGACUUGAGUUCAGCGAGAGCAAAAGAAGAUGCACAUCGUGGGCACAGGAGGUCAGUCAGUGCCAGUGCUGAUAUUGGAUCGUUGCCUAUGUCAUUUCCAAAUGAACGAGAUGGUGCUGCUGAACAAUCAUCUCUUGGCCCACACAGAGCACCUUUGCUGAAUAUUGUCAAAGCAUGCGGAUUGCCAAGUGCCUUGAAACCUAAGCCUGCAAUUAAGUACAAAAAAGGAGCUGUGAGGUGGGCACAUGCAGACAAACAGGAUCUUGAAGCGGCAAUCCCUCUCACAAAUCCUCAGUUGGGUCAGAGCUUAGAUGGAUACUCUGAAAGAAGCAUCAGUUACUUAAAUACUUGCGAUGGGGUUACAUACAAUAAGAAACUCUAUGGUUGGCUUGGAGCACUGCGUAAGAAACUUCAGAGAUCACAAUAUCAAAUUCGAUAUGGGCGGCCUGCUCAAUUGAUUCUAUUUGCACUUGCUGUUCUCAUAAUAUUUGUGUUUGUAUUCAAGACAAUAUGGUGAGAAAUUUGCAUGGGCUCGUGAUUGGGUUAGAAGCCCCACCAGAUCAGCAUAAAUUGCAUGUGGACAGGAGUGACCAUGCACAUAUGGGAAUUUGGGAACCAUGGCAGACUGUUUCUGGUAAUCCACAUUGAAACAAAUGAAGGAUGAUCGUGGAGCAAUUCACCAUGCCACGUCUGUAACUCAGUGGCUUUGCCAUUGGAUAUGCACUGGACGGUGGACGGUGUGUGCAGCAUGGUGUAUCUCAAGAUCUCAGUUCUCACAGUGACCAGUUGGCUUGUGCUUAAUGUUAUGCCCUGAACUUCAAAUUAGGGUCAUGCUGCACUAGUGGUCAUGCAGGUGCAGCUAGCAACAGGAAUGCGACUGGGAGUGCCGACUGGUGAUUGUGCUAUCGCCGAUGGGGCCUUACUUGAGACUUGAGAAGGCUUCCCUUUGGUUAUUUUAUUGAACCUGUGAUAAUUGGUUCCAGAUACAAAUAGAGAUUUGUUCUCAAGUGCUGUAGAAGAGGCUGGAAUAGUUGUACCGGGAUCUGCUUGAACUGUAAUAAUACCUAAACAACAGAGUUAGAGGCUCGGCGAUCCUGUUUGGUCUGUGGCUGAAUUUAUAAUCUGAAGUUCAAAUUUCACA